GAGGGCGUAAAACUUCGGCAGAAACCUCAGCAGCACGAAUAGGAAACACAGACGGAGGUUGAGAAAGAGGGAGACUGUUUCAGGUUCAGUUGCUUUAUUCCUACAAACAACAAGCAUUUCAUUCAUUCAUGCAUAGAGACUUUUCAUUGUGAAAGAAUAAACCAAAUAAAAACAAGAAGAGGCGUUACCAUGACUACCCAAACUUCUAAAUUACCAGAGGAGAAAAAAAAGCAGCUCUGUGCGUUGUUGGGUGAUGUGGAUCUGACUCUUCUCUACAAAGCGUCUGUUCAUGGAUAUAAUGGUGCUGCUUUCCACAAGCUCUGUGAUCGUCAAGGUCCAACUUUACUCGUAGCCUACAACAGCUCAGGCUACAUCUUUGGUGGAUAUACGAGUAAAGAUUAUACUCAGAGUGGGCAGUAUGUUAAUGAUGAUGAUGCUUUCCUGUUCUACUAUCAAGGCAAAAUCCCUGUGUGCAUCAAAGUUAACAGUGGACAUCACGCACGUAUCGAUGACUCCGGAUGGCCCAACUUUGGUCAAUACUUACACUUUUGCUAUAACAACCAACCAACCCUGCAUAACCAAGGGGGCAAUGCAUUCACCAUUAAUGCUACCUCAAUGUAUGGGAACGAUGGGAACCUGACUGAAUGCGAGGUGUUUAAAAUUGAGCAGAUGUCUCAGGCCAGUGUUGAAGAGAAACCAUGGAGGAACAUUGCGUGGAAGGAAGAACGAAGAGAAGAGCUUGUGAAAUCAUUAAAGAACUAUAAACCCCUGGUGUCCUCUGUGAACCGGGCCCGAAUCCUAAUGAUCGGUCCUGUAGGUGCUGGAAAGUCCAGUUUCUUCAACUCCAUCAACUCCAUCUUCACAGGUUAUGUGACCAACAAAGCCAUCGCAGGAUCUACAAGCACCAGCCUCACCACACAGUUUCGCACAUAUCCAGUGAAAGAUGGGCGUGAGGGAAAGCCAUUGCCAUUUGUGUUGUGUGACACUAUGGGACUGGAGGAGCAGACAGGUUCAGGUCUGGAUAUUGAGGACAUCAACAGCAUUCUUCGAGGUCACAUACCAGACCGAUAUAAAUUCAACCCCAUGGCACCAUUUGAACCCGAUGAGCAAAAGUCCUCCAAACCUGCAUCUUUAGAGCAGAAGAUCCACUGUGUGGUGUUUGUGAUCGACGCCACCAAAAUCUCCCUCAUGUCCAGCAAACUGGAGGAAAAACUUGCAGCCAUACGCAAAAAAGUGAUCUCGCUGGGUAUUGCUCAGAUCGUCUUGAUGACUAAAGUAGAUGAGGCGUGUCCUCUGGUGGAGGAGGAUCUACAAAAUGUUUAUGUCAGUUCCUACAUUAAGUCAAAGGUACAGGAGGUCAGCUCUCGACUGGGUGUUCCUGUGUCUUGUGUGUUACCUGUGAAGAACUACAGUCAGGAGCUUGAACUGAACCUCAGCUGUGAUCUCCUGCUCCUCACCGCUGUACAGCAAAUGCUUCGGUCCGCAGAUGACUAUUUGGAUGAUAUCAGUCCAACGGAGUGAAAGCCUCGUCUUAAAGACAAAAUAGGAUUGUUCGACAAAACAGUAUUUUAAGAUACAUUCUCACCUGUAUGUUUACAAUAAAAUAAAUAAACUACAAACCACA